CUUAUCAUGUCCAAAGGUAUCCUGCUCCAGCAACUUUAGUUUGGACUCUAUAAGACAAGAACACUUGCUUCUGUUUUUAGCAGAAUUAAGAUAGUCCCAUGAUUACAAUAUAUUAAACAAACAUUGGUCUAUUUUGAUCAGAUAAUAUUAUUUGGAAAUAAAUUAAAGCAGUGAUAGAGAAGUACAAAGAUGGAUAGAGGAAAAAGAAGAGGUGAAGAUUCAGAGGAUGACGAAUUUAAGGUUGAAGAUCUUCAAGAAAGUUCCAACUCCAACAAAUUAGCCUCUAAUUGGAAGAAUCGCUUCAAGCUUUUGAGAAACUAUUCUAGUCUUGACACUAAUAAUGUUAGUGUUAGAAAUGGAGAUCAAGGAAGAGACAAUACAAGCAGGAGACGUAGAGAUCACUGCUAUGGAUUUGUUAUUCAUCCCGAUAAUUGGUGGUACCUGUUGUGGACUCAAUUCAUUCUGAUAUGGGCGAUUUACUCCUCCUUCUUCACUCCCAUGGAGUUUGGUUUUUUCAGAGGACUCCCCGAAAAUCUGUUCCUACUGGACAUCGCCGGCCAAAUUGCUUUCCUCAUCGACAUCGUCGUUCUCUUUUUUGUUGCGUAUCGAGACGCUCAUUCUUACUGCAUGGUCUACGACCGUAAACUCAUUGCCCUUCGGUACUUGAAAUCUCGUUUCCCGGUGGACUUGCUAGGUUGCUUCCCAUGGGAUGCUAUAUACAAGGCUUGUGGAAGAAAGGAGCCAGUUAGAUACCUCUUAUGGAUUAGGCUAAGCCGAGCCCUUAGAGUGACAGAGUUUUUUGAAAAGCUGGAGAAAGACAUCCGUCUAAAUUAUCUGUUUACAAGGAUUGUGAAGUUAUUAGUUGUCGAAGUAUACUGCACUCACACAGCUGCUUGUAUUUUUUACUAUCUGGCUACUACAUUGCCUCCAUGGGAGGAAGGUUACACGUGGAUAGGAAGCCUGAAGAUGGGUGACUACAGUUAUGCACAUUUCCGAGACAUUGAUCUUUGGACUCGCUAUAUCACAUCUUUGUACUUUGCCAUUGUCACCAUGGCAACUGUUGGUUAUGGAGAAAUUCAUGCAGUCAAUACCAAGGAAAUGAUAUUUGUAAUGAUUUAUGUCUCUUUUGACAUGAUUCUUGGUGCCUACCUACUUGGUAAUAUGGCAGCAUUAAUUGUUAAAGGAUCCAAAACUGAAAAGUUCAGGGAUAAAAUGGCAGAUCUUAUAAAGUAUAUGAACAGAAACAGGCUGGGGAAGCGCAUAAGCAAAGAGAUCAAAGAUCAUGUCAGAUUACAGUAUGAGAGCCGGUAUAAUGAGUCUUCUGUUCUUCAGGAUAUUCCUGCUUCAAUUCGAGCUAAGAUUUCGCAAAAGUUGUAUGAGCCCUACAUCAGAGGAGUCCCACUUUUCAGAGGUUGCUCGCAUGAAUUUAUCAAACAGAUUGCAAUCAAAGUACAUGAAGAAUUUUUCCUUCCAGGGGAAGUGAUUAUUGAACAGGGUAGCAUGGCAGAUCAACUGUAUUUUGUCUGUCAUGGUAAAGUGGAAGAAGUUAGAAAACCAGAAGAAAAUGAAACUGAAGAAUCUCUCCUGGAUCUUCACACUUACAACUCUGUUGGUGAAAUUUCUGUUCUUUGUAACAUCCCAGUCCCUUAUACAGUUCAAGUUUAUGAGUUAUCUAGACUGCUACGAAUUGAUAAACAAUCUCUGGUGGAGAUUCUGGGGAUAUGCUUCUCUGACGGGCGUGUGAUCAUCAAUAAUCUACUUGAGGGAAGAGAGUCAAGCCUUCGAAGCAAGAUAUUGGAUUCAGACAUAACACUGAAUAUUGCGAAACAUGAAUCUGAGCUCACGAUGAGGUUGAACUGUGCAGCUCACGAUGGAGAUUUGUAUCGACUAAGUCGUAUAAUUGGUGCAGGAGCAGACCCCAGCCGAACUGAUUAUGAUGGAAGAUCACCCCUGCAUCUAGCUGCAUCCAAGGGACAUGGAGAUAUCACCGUUUUUCUCAUCCAAAGAGGAGUGGAGAUUAAUGCUAGAGAUAAGUUUGGCUCCACUGCAUUGCUUGAAGCGGUUAAGAAUGGCCAUGAUCAUGUGGCUUCUUUGCUUAUGGAAGCAGGGGCACUACUAGGUAUAGAUAAUGAUGGGACUUGCCUUUGUGAGGCAGUCGCGAAAAGAGAUCUAGAUUAUUUGAGAAGACUGUUAGACAGCGGCAUCAAUCCUAAUUCCAAAAAUUAUGACUUUCGAACACCACUUCACCUAGCUGCAUCAGAAGGGCUUUUUCCAAUUUCAGUGUUACUGUUAGAAGCUGGGGCUAGUGUCUUUGCAGUGGACAGGUGGGGAAGAACUCCACUUGAUGAAGCUCGAGUAGGUGGAAACAAGAAUCUUAUUAAGCUACUGGAAGAUGCACAGGGUAGUCAAUUGUCAGAAUUUUCUACAAGCUUUGGAAAACAAGAUGAAGGGCAGCGGGUUAGAUGCACAGUGUUCUCUUCAGACCCCAGGGAUCUCAAAGACGAGAGAAGAAGAGUAGUUCUAUGGGUACCACAAAGCCUUGAUGAGCUCAUUAACACAGCUAAGGCUCAGUUAAGAGUUUCAUCAGCAAAUUGUGUAGUCUCAGAAGAUGGAGCCAAGAUCCUGGACACAGACAUGAUAUCUGAUGGUCAAAAACUGUUUUUAGUUAGGGAAAGCACGCGUAGUCUCUAAGAUAAUACUCAACAUAUAUGUUGUAAUUUCCUGGUGGGCUCUUAGAGGGAGAGAAGAAACUAACAUAGUAAUAAUAUGUAAUAACUGAAUAGAUUAUGCAAUAUUGAAACGUAAUGCUGGAGCUUUCCGGUAUUGCCAAGACUAUAAGCUUCAUCCUUGUGAUUAAAAGCAGGCAUAAGAAGCAGUUGGGGCUGUGGAGAGCACAUGGUAAUCAUCUCAUGUAUAUAUUUGCUGAUUAAUGGUGGUUAAACUCGAACUUGGGAUCUCUA